AUGUUCAAUGAUUAUCUUGAUUCGACGGCGGUUGUUAUGGCGAAAAAGAAUCUGAAAUCGAUGGUUAAUUACGACGAAGAGAACAGUCUCGACGGCAAGAAUUCGGAAUUGAAACAAGUGCUUCCGGUUGGAAGAUUGAUCCAAUUUGGAAUGCACAAGACGGCAUCGUUUAAAUCAGAUGACAUUCGAGUUCUCUAUUGUUAUUUCAAGGAUGACAAAGAAAGUCCGACACCCAAAUUAGUAAAUGUUUUGGAUACCACGUUGAGUCAUGCGAUCACUCAUAUCACAUCGUUUUCGGAUAAAGUCAGCAUAGUGAUCGACUAUGAUAUUAGGCAAUUUCUUCAAGACCCAAUUAAGGUGAAACGGGUUCUCAUUGAAGUGAUGAUGAAGAAUCCGGAAUUAAUUCCACCUUCGUGGGGAGGAGAAUAUUGUAUAUCCAGAUCGAUUGAAAAGAAAAAGGUCGACGAAAAAGCUGCAGCAAAUGCGGCGACAAUUGCCGCUGCAGCAUUUGCACAAAUGGAAGCCGAAAAGAAACCGGAGCCUGGAAAAUUGGACGUGAAGAAGCAGGAAGCGAAACAAUCGGAAACGAAAAAGAGGAAGAAGAAGGACAAUGACAAGACAAUGGCGACGAUCGAAGAAAAAGAAAAUAAAAAGGCAAAGGAAAAAGAGAAAAAUAGUAAAAUUCCAGCAAAAUCGGUACCUGUGAAAAAGAAGGAAAUUGUGAAACCUACAACAACGAAGGAAGGUAAAACGGAGAAACGGAAUAAAUAA